UGGGGAAGGGGUAAAACUCCAGAGAGCAAAAGAGUAUUCUUACGUCCACUUACUUAAUUAUGUUAAAAGGGAAAUCACAUAAGUAAACCAUGUAACAGUUUUCCCAGAGUACGCAUCUAUCUUUCCAGCUCUUCCCAUUUCUUUGGACCUUCUCAUACUUCCUCCAUCUAUGCUUUCCAGUCCAUAUUUCGGAUCCAGUUAUGAAACCUUUCCCAUUUUUUUGAGUCCUUUUUGAGCACAAUCGUUCGUUUAUUGCUUCUGUUCGCACAUCCAUCUCCGCCACUUCCAGUGUCUUUUCUAGCAGUUCCUCCAGAGAUGGUACCUCUUCUUUCUCCCAACGUUUCCCUUAUAGUAUCCUCGAUGCCACGAUUGCAGACACUCACCCUUCGAUUAACCGGUGUGGAUCACGAUGUCUGCCCUCCUCUUCCUUCUGGGAUUGGCUCACUGGGUUAGCCAAGCCUUUGCUUCGUGGGGUGCCACGUACCCUGAAAGGCUGCAGGCCGUCAAAGGUUCCUGCGUCGUCAUUCCCUGCACCUUCCAUUUUCCCAGCACCGUGACGGUCACGGCCGCCGGCAUCACAGCCAUCUGGUACAAGGGCCCGGCGGGCCAGCGGACCGUGAUCUUCCAUUCAGAAAAUCCAGGCACGGCCGAGGCCCAGUUCCGAGACCGUGCAGAACUGCUGGGCAAUCCUCUCCAGAAGAACUGCACUUUGCUUCUGAAGAACGUCCGAAGCGAGGAUGGCUCCGAGUACAACUUCCGUUUCGAAAUCAGCGAGGGGAAUCGCUGGACCGAACAGAGGCCGGUUCAGCUGACCGUCCUCGACAACCCAAGCACUCCCAGCAUCACUGUUCCAGUGGAUCUGCAUGAAGGACAGCAAGAGGCGAAUUUUACUUGCUCCACUCUGCACUUCUGUCCCGACCAUAGCUCCCUGCGAUGGACGGGUUACAACGCAGAGACGUCCCAGUUGUUUGAGGUGGUCGAAGAGGGUGCCUCUGGAGUGCUCCAGAAGCAGAUCCUCAAGACCGCUCUUACCUGGAAGGACCACAACCGGAAGCUGGGCUGCGAGUUGUCUCUUGGGAUCCAGAAGGUGACCAAGGAGGUCACGCUCCACGUGAAAUAUGCCCCCAGAGGAGUCAAAGUCUCCCUGACUCCAUCGGCAAAGAACCUCCUCGUGGGCGAUGCAGCCUCUCUGACCUGCAUCGUGAACAGCAGCUACCCAGUCCCCACGGCCUACCGGUGGUUCAAAGACGGUGUCGCUAGUGGAGGAGGGAGAGUGAAGACCUUCCAGGCGGUUGCCCGCAAGGAUUAUGGCCGGUACCGCUGUGAAGCAGUAAAUUCUGUGGGCACUGGCGUGGCCGAAGGAGUAACACUCUUUGUUUUCUCUGCUGAGCUGUCCAUCAGCCCCUCUUCUAGCAUACGGGAAGGUGAGACGGUUACGCUGACCUGUGACGUUCCUGGGGGAGACAAGCAAGCGAUCCACUACAGCUGGUACAAGAACAACAUCUGGAUGAAGGAAGGCGCUUCCCAGAGCCUGGUCUUCCAGGAGGUUGCAGUCGGAGACACCGGCUACUACACCUGCAAAGUGCAGAACGAACAAGGGAGCGAGAUGUCCCAAGCCGUUAGGCUCGACGUCUUGUAUCCCCCCAGGUCACCUUCACUCACCUUAUUCCAGGAGACCCAGGAAGGUCAACUGGCCAUCAUCCAUUGCACUGCAGACAGCAACCCUCAGUCCACCCUGAGUCUUUAUCGGGAGAAUCAACUCAUUGCAACCACCAGCUUGCACUCAGCUCCCAAUCAGCGGAUCAGCAUAACAACGACCCGCAACUCUUUGAAACUAGAGAUCCGGAAGGUCAUCCCAGAGGACAAGGGGAACUACCAGUGCACAGCAACAAACACUUAUGGGAGUGUGAACACCACCCGCUUCUUUGGUGCUCAAACGGCCAGAGUGGUGGUCCAGCCUGCCAAGGAACUGCCCGAAGGCGACCGAGUCGCCCUGACCUGCACGGCCACCUUGGAGCCUGGAGAAGAGACCACUUACACCUGGUACAAAAAUGGCAAGUGGCUCCGGGAGGGAAAGGAGAGCUCCCUGGUCUUCUCAGCCGUGACCAGCGAUGACGCUGGGGCUUUCCACUGCGUGGCUCAGAACAAGAAAGGCAGAAAUACGUCCCCGGCGGUUGCUCUCCGUGUGCUGUAUUCCCCGAGAGAGCCUGUGAUGAAUUCUCUCCUGGAGACCCAAGGGGGACAUCUUGCCAUCAUCGGGUGCACGGUAGACAGUGACCCACCCUCUGAGGUCGCUUUAUACAAAGGGGAUCUUCUCUUGGGUUCCACCAGCACUGCCCGCUCAGCAACUGACCAGAGGAUGACCCUGACCCCGUCCUACAACGGGUUGAAGGUGACCAUCCAGAACGUGACCUUGGAGGAUGAAGGCGAGUAUGUCUGUUCUGCUCAGAACCACUACGGGGAGUCCACAGCCUCCAUGGAUUUCACUGCAGAGACUGCAAAAGUCACCAUCACUCCCUCUUCGGAGGUGCUUGAAGGGGUGGCGGUCCGUCUGUCCUGUGCCGUGAGCAGCAUCCCCUCCACCUUGGCCAACAUCACCUGGUUCAAGGGGGGUCGCUCUCUCUCCAUGGAGGACCACAGGGAGGUCCUGGAGUUCGAGCAAGUGGCCAGAGGAGACGCCGGGAUCUACAGCUGCCGAGUGGAGACUUUGAGAGCCAGCAAAAGUUCCAACUUGGUUGCCCUUUCUGUGCUGUACCCCCCUGGGACUCCUCAGGUGACCGUCUUUGUGGAGACCGAGCGAGGCAGGCUGGCCCUCUUCCAGUGUUCGGUGGACAGCAACCCAGCCGCUAAACUGGUUCUGCGCAGAGGAGAGGACCUCAUUGCCUCCAGUGGCUCCGAGAACAGCGUCGCCUCCCAGAGGAUCCGCGUUCAGCAGGCCCGCAAUUCCCUCCAGGUGGAGAUGAAGGAUCUGGACCCCCAGGAUGAAGGCCGCUAUAACCUCACGGCUAUCAAUGCCUACGGCUCCUCCUCCACCUUGUUGUACCUCCGUGUGCAAACGGCCCGGGUUCUGGUGACCCCAUUCCCGGAGGUGCUGGAAGGGAGCGCCGUCAACCUCACCUGUGACGUGGUGGGAAGCUCCCCCAGUGGGACCACGUUUUCUUGGUACAAGAACAGCCGGCGCCUUCAGGAGAAAAACAGCGAUGCUCUCGCCUUCCCACGGAUCACCAGUGAGGACGCCGGCUCCUACCACUGCAAGGCCCACGGGCCAGAGGAGGGGGCCGUCAGCAUCUCCCCGCCGGUCAGCAUCACAGUCUUCUACCCACCUCGGAGCCCCCAGGUGACCUCCUUCCUGCAGAGGCAAGGCAGGGAAGUGGCCGUCCUCCGCUGCACGGUGGAGAGUGAGCCCCAGUCCCGGUUGGCCUUCUCCAAGCGGGGGGAGCUCUUGGCCUCCAGCCUCCCCCCACACCCGGCACACAGCCAGCGGGUCAAGGUUUCCAGCUCCUACAACCGCUUGGACGUGGAGAUCUGGGGGGUGGUUCUGGAGGACGAAGGCGAGUAUGCCUGCUCAGCCAGCAACCCCUACGGCCAGGCCAGCUCCACCCUGAUGUUCACGGCUGAGACUGCAAGGAUUUGGAUUUCGCCUCCUGAUGUCCUCGAAGGGAACUCUGUGAACCUGACCUGUGCCGUCGACAGCAAUGCCUCCAGUGAGGCACACUAUACCUGGUAUAAGAACAACCAGCGGCUCUCAGAAGGGCCUUCCCAGAUGCUGACCCUGCCCCAUGCCAACGUGGCAGACGGGGGGACCUAUUACUGCACUGUCAAGACGCGGGAGAGGAUUCGGAACUCUACCUUUGGCACACUCAAUGUCCUCUACCCACCCAGGAAUGCUGAGAUGAAGUCAUUCUUGGAGACUCUGAAUGGGAAGGUGGCCAUCAUGAUCUGCAAUGUGGACAGCAACCCCCCCUCCACCCUGCUGCUCUGCCAAGCUGGCCAAGUCCUGGCGGCCAGCGCCUUCCAAGGGAGCAGGGUGCCCGGCCACCGGCUGAGCACAGUCUCCUCCCGGAACUCCCUGAGACUUGAGAUCAAAGAGGUCAGCCUGGACGACGAAGGGACUUACGAGUGCUUGGCUAGCAAUGCCAUAGGCCAGACCACGGCCUCCUUAGACUUCACCGUGCGGACUGCCAGAGUCGUGAUCCAGCCAGCCUCGGACGUGCGCGAGGGGGCUCACGUUUCCCUUACCUGUGAAGAUCUAAGUUCUGCCCCAAACGUGGUUUAUACCUGGUACAAGAACUCCAAGUGGCUGUCGGAGGGCUCUGCCCCCUCCCUCUUCUUCCCAGCUGUGACCACCCACGACGUGGGGUCGUACUCUUGCCAAGUACGCAGCGCGAGAGGCAUACGGACCUCGCCACCUGUCCCUCUGCGCGUGCUCUAUGCUCCAAAACAGCCAUCCCUGAUCUCUUUCCUGGAGACCCAGUCAGGGAACCGUGCCAUCAUACAAUGCACAGUGGAGAGCCACCCUCCAUCCGAGGUAGCUCUGUACCGAGGAAACCUGUUGCUGGCUUCCACCAGGAAUCCUGGGACUUUCCCUACCCAACGGCUCAGCGUCCUCUCAGCACAUAAUUCCCUGAAAGUGGAAAUCGAGAAGAUCCUUCUGGAGGAUGAAGGACAGUACCACUGCCUAGCAAACAACACUUAUGGGAACUCUACGGUCUCCAUACACUUCAGCGUGGAGAGUGCAAGGAUCAACAUUGAUCCCUCUCCAGAUAUCAAGGAAGGGGACUCAGCCAACCUGACCUGUGUGGUCGCCAGCCGAGCCAUGGGAGAGAUGAACUAUACCUGGUACAAGAACAGCCGAUGGCUCCGGGAGAGUCCCGACCCGUCGUUCCUAAUGGGCAAUGUGGCCAGGGGUGAUGCGGGCUCCUACCACUGCCAGGCAGCGGGACCGAUGGGCACCCUAACGUCUGCCUUCGUCAGCUUGAAUGUACUUUAUGCACCCAGGAGCCCCUCCAUGAGUGCCUACCUGGACAAUCAAAGGGGGAAAGCGGGCAUCAUUUACUGCAGAGUCGAUAGCCAUCCACGCUCUGAAUUGGCUUUGUUCAAAGGAAGUCAACUCGUGGCUAGCACCAACGGCUCUCGAUCUGCUGCCAGCCGGCGCUUCAUCCCAUUCUUCUCCUACAACAGCCUGAGGCUGGAGAUUCGAGACCUCACUGCAGAGGAUUCGGGACAUUAUCUGUGCUGGGCUGGCAACUCUCUUGGCACCAUGGCCAGUGCCAUGAACUUCAGCGCCGUGAUAACCCCCUCUCCAGCAUUGCCUGCCACCCUUGCAGACCUGCAUUUGUUCAAGAUCCUGGCUGGGGUAUUCAUUGGCUUGGUCUGUGCAGCAGUUCUUUGCGGCCUGGUGUUUGGGAUUCAAAAGAAUGGUUUCUGUGAACACCGUUCAAGAUGGAAAAAGUGGAAGAACAAGGAGGCAGGGUCACUGGCAAUGGAAAGCAAGGACAACUCAGCCCAGCUGAAUGAGCCAAGCCCAGAGACUCCGCCAUCGGGACGGCUCUGCUGUUACUAUCAAAGGCUCCCUAUGAAGACAGGCGCUCCCCCCAAAGAAGCCUCACCUGGGCAGAGCUGCACAAGCGUCUUGUGAAGGGCAAAGGGGGGGAAAUCUCCCCAAUGGGAGCCCAAGCAGCCAGAGAACUCUGCUGAUCGGGCGAGGGAUGUGGUGGGAUGAUGGUCAGCUGAAGGGCAACACGCUGGACGUGGAGUUAAUCCCGUGUUGAAAGGACCCCACAUAUUCUCCAUUCUAUCCACACCAUUUUUCACUGGCAUGAAAAUAUACACCUUUUCACAG